UCUCAUGGCUACUGCUGUUUCUUGCAAGUCAACAAGAGGAAGAGAUAAUCAUCACACAAUCACAAUGAGCAAAACAGUAUCAAGGAUAGCUGAUGAAGUUUCAUGGUGGUGUGCUCUAUUAUUAGUAUGUGUAAUCUUAGUAACUGCUAUCAAGGAGAUUAAUUCUAUUUCUACUGAUGGAAAACAUAUUGGUCAUGGUCAUGAUGAGAUGGUGAUGAUCAGUAGUGGAAAUGGAAAUGAUAUGAGUAAUCAUUUCUGGAUUGGUGGUAAUAAUAGACCAUGUGAAGAAAUCUAUGUGGUUGGUGAAGGUGAGACUUUACAUACAAUUAGUGACAAGUGUGGAGAUCCAUAUAUAGUUGAAAGAAAUCCUCAUAUUCAUGAUCCUGACGAUGUUUUCCCUGGACUUGUUAUCAGGAUCAUACCAUCAGAUGCUCCUAGUAUGGAAAAUGUAGUCUGGUAAUUAAAAUGUUUAGGCACAUUUGUUUUAAAUUCUUUGAUUGCAGAGUGAGAGAAAUGCAAGUUUGCAUAUAUAUUUCUAAUCGAUGAAAAAAAAUUUAAGUAUCGAAGUAUGUAUCCAGACCUCUUUGUACGUAUAAGAGCUUGAUCUUGUUUGAUGAUCU